CGCACACACUUUGCUCUAACAGAAUUUGAUUCCGAUACUAUAAAAGACUGAGAGAGAAAGAGACUCCACCAUGCCGGAGGAGUCGAAGACCACUGUUGACUACCGCAUGGAGAGAGCUUCCGGGCCCCACUUCUCGGGUCUCCGACUCGACGGCCUCUUAUCCUCUUCUCCUCCUCCCUCUUCCUCACCAGCCUCCGCCGCCGAUUCUUCAAAUCUAGCCGACUCCGCCGCCCCCAAGCAGCCCUUCGUCAUCGGUGUUUCUGGAGGUACGGCUUCGGGUAAGACUACGGUGUGCGACAUGAUCAUACAGCAGCUUCACGAUCAUCGCGUCGUCCUUGUCAAUCAGGAUUCGUUUUAUCGUGGUUUGACGCCUGAGGAGUCUGAUCGAGUGCAUGAGUAUAAUUUUGAUCAUCCUGAUGCAUUCGACACCGAACAGAUGUUAGAGUGUGUUCAGAAGCUAAAAUGCGGGCAGUCUGUCCAAGUUCCGAUAUAUGAUUUUAAGAUACAUCGACGCAGCUCUGAUAGUUUUCGGCAGGUGAAUGCUUCGGAUGUGAUAAUCUUGGAGGGAAUUCUGGUUUUCCAUGACCAACGUGUCCGUAAUUUGAUGAACAUGAAGAUUUUUGUCGACACAGAUGCUGAUGUGAGACUUGCUCGUAGAUUAAGACGAGACACUGUUGAGAGGGGCAGGGACAUUGACUCUGUUCUUGAGCAGUAUGCCAAGUUUGUCAAGCCUGCUUUUGAUGAUUUUGUUCUCCCCUCAAAGAAGUACGCCGAUGUGAUCAUUCCCCGGGGAGGCGAUAACCAUGUUGCUAUUGAUUUAAUUGUACAACAUAUUCGCACAAAGCUUGGUCAGCAUGACCUUUGCAAAAUAUAUCCUAAUGUGUAUGUUAUACAGUCCACGUUUCAGAUUAGAGGCAUGCAUACACUGAUUCGAGACCGAGAAAUAUCAAAGCAUGAUUUUGUAUUUUAUUCUGAUCGCCUAAUUCGUCUGGUUGUGGAGCAUGGCCUUGGUCAUUUGCCAUUCACAGAGAAACAAGUAAUAACUCCACCAGGAUCUGUGUAUACUGGGGUUGAUUUCUGCAAGAAAUUAUGUGGAGUUUCAAUUGUUCGAAGUGGUGAGAGCAUGGAAAAUGCAUUACGCGCAUGUUGCAAAGGAAUUAAAAUUGGGAAGAUCUUGAUUCAUCGUGAUGGAGAUGAUGGCAAACAGCUUAUAUAUGAGAAGCUCCCCAAGGAUAUUUCAGAGCGUCAUGUCCUGCUUCUGGACCCUGUACUUGCUACAGGUAACUCUGCUAACCAGGCUAUUGAACUACUCAUACAGAAGGGGGUUCCGGAAUCGCAUAUAAUAUUCCUAAACCUUAUAUCUGCUCCUGAGGGAAUUCAUUGUGUUUACAAACGAUUUCCAACAUUGAAAAUUGUCACUUCAGAGAUUGAUGUUGCCCUCAAUGAAGAAUUUCGUGUCAUACCAGGGUUGGAUCCUAACGUGGGUUGCAUGAAUGAGGAGAGGAGAGCCCUUCUUGAGCUCAAGCAAAACCUCACAGAUCCUAUGGAUCGACUUUCGUCUUGGAUGGGAGAAGAUUGCUGCAAAUGGAGAGGUGUAGGCUGCAACAAAAAAACCGGUCGCGUGAUCAGCCUCAAUCUUCGCAAUCCAUUUUCAGAUGGUUUGGAUGUGGAUGAUGGAGCACUGCAUGCAUUAGGUGGUGAGAUCAGUCCUUCUUUGCUUGUUUUGAAAGAUCUGAUUUAUUUGGAUUUGAGCAUGAAUAAUUUCGAAAGUCUCCAACUUCCUAGUUUCAUCGGAUCAGUAGAGAAACUGACAUACCUUAAUCUAUCUGGUGCAUCUUUUGGUGGAAUAAUUCCCGCCAAUCUUGGAAACUUGUCAAAUUUGCUUCAUCUUGAUCUCAGUAAUAAUGUUAUUGAGAGUGAUCUCAGAUGGCUUUCCAGUCUUUCUUCCUUGCAGUUUCUUAACUUGGGAGGAGCAGACCUUGUCAAGGCAGCACCAUAUUGGCUUCCCACAGUUAAUAUGCUCCCUUCACUUCUUGAAUUGCAUUUGCGUGGCUGUGGACUAUCCAUACUUCCACCUGCUCUUCCUCAUAUCAAUUUCACAUCACUUUCGGUUCUUGACCUCUCUGCCAAUGGUUUCAACUCCACACUUUCUCCAUGGUUGUUCAGUUUGACCAAACUAGUCAGUCUUGAUCUAAGUUCGAACAAUCUGAAUGGAGAACUUCCAGAAACACUAGGGAGUUUGACUCAUCUGAAGAACCUUGAUUUGUCAGAGAAUUCAAACAUUGGAGGUCAGUUGCCGAGAAACUUGGGGAUGCUAUGCAAUUUGCAGUCUCUUGAGCUUUCAAUCAACAAAGUUACUGGUGAGAUAACUGAUUUCAUUGACAGUUUGUCUAGAUGCACAAACAGCAGCUUAGAGAGAUUGGAUUUAGGUUUUAACAGUCUCACAGGAAACUUGCCUAAUUCAUUAGGCCUUCUUAAAAACUUGAGGUACCUCACGUUGUGGGACAACUCAUUUCAAGGUUCAAUCCCAGAAUCUGUAGGAAACUUGACAUCUUUGGAGGAGUUUUACCUUGCAAAGAAUAAUUUGGGUGGAGUUAUCCCAGAAAGUUUUGGGCAGCUCUCAUCACUUGUGGCAGUAGAUCUAUCUGAAAACACAUGGGAAGGUGUUGUAACAGAAGCUCAUUUUCUGAAGCUUCGAAGCUUAAAAGAGGUGUCAAUCCAGAAAGCCUCCCCAAACAUUUCCCUAGUUUUCAACAUUAGUUCUAAUUGGAUACCUCCUUUCAAAUUGAGAUACUUGUACCUUAGAUCAUGCCAAGUGGGUCCCAAAUUUCCUACAUGGCUUAGGAAUCAGACUGAGCUGGCCACAGUGGUCCUCAAUAAUGCUAGGAUUGCAGAUACCUUUCCUGAUUGGUUUUGGAAGUUGGAUUUGUUAUUAGAUGAACUAAAUAUGGCUUACAAUCAACUAAGCGGAAAAGUGCCUAACUCAUUAAGGUUUAGCUUUCCAGCUAAUGCUGCUUUGAGUUCUAACCUGUUUGAUGGCCCUCUCCCACUCUGGUCAUCGAACAUCACGACUCUCUACCUUAGAGACAAUCAGUUUUCAGGGCCGAUUCCUUAUAACAUUGGUGUUGUAAUGCCCUUUCUGUCAGAUUUAGACAUCUCUUUGAAUGAUUUGAGUGGAAGGAUUCCCCUGUCAUUAGGUAAUCUUAGCGUAUUGACAACCAUGGUUAUCUCAAAUAAUUACUUGACUGGUGAAAUUCCUCAUUUCUGGAAAAGUAUACCAGACUUGUAUAUUGUAGAUAUGUCCAACAACAGCCUCUCUGGUACAAUUCCAAGAUCCAUGGAUUCUCUCAUUUCACUAAGGUACUUGAUACUCUCUAACAACAACUUGUCAGGCAAACUUCCUUCAUUGAGAAACUGCACUGGCAUGAAGAGUCUUGAUCUUGGGGAGAACAAGUUCUUUGGAAACAUUCCGGCGUGGAUAGGAGAAAGCAUGCUUUCUUUGUUGAUUUUACGCUUAAGUUCCAACUCAUUCACUGGAAACAUUCCCUUGCAGUUGUGUGGCCUUUCCAAUCUUCACAUAUUGGAUCUCUCCCACAAUGAGCUUUCUGGUCAUAUUCCCCACUGUGUUGGUAAUUUGAGUGGCUUGAAAAUAUCUGAAAUCUCAGAUAAAGAUACAUCAUACCUUUACCAGGGAAAAUUGAAGGUAGUGACAAAAGGAAGAGUCCUAGCUUAUUAUUCCACUCUUUACCUUGUUAAUAGCCUAGAUCUCUCAAACAAUAACCUAUCAGGAGAGAUGCCUAUGGAGCUUACGACCCUAGUAAAGUUGUGGACCUUGAAUUUGUCCAUGAAUCAUCUGACAGGAACUAUCCCACCGAAAAUUGGCAACAUGGAGUUGAUAGAAACUCUUGAUCUUUCAAUAAACAAACUGUCAGGUUCAAUUCCACCAAGCAUGGUUUCUAUGACAUUCUUGACUCAUCUAAACCUGUCAUACAACAAUCUUUCCGGGAAAAUCCCAACAGCCAACCAGUUUAAAACUCUGGUUGAUCCAUCAGUAUAUGAAGGCAAUGAUGCUCUUUGUGGGUAUCCAUUACUAACCGGUUGCCAAGGCGAUGAAUCUCCUCAGCUUCCAAGUGAAGAUGGUGAAGAAGAUGACAGCAAGCUAUGGUUAAUCAUCAGCGUGGUGAUAGGUUUCAUUACAGGGUUCUGGGGUGUUUUUGGGAGUUUGGUCAUCAAGAAGUCUUGGAGAUAUGCAUACUUUCAGUUCCUUGACAAAAUAAAGUAUGCUCUUCUUGAUUUUCUCUCAUCCAUGGGCAAUCGUCUGCGGAAGGGUGCAGAUGAAAUUUGAAGCACUUGUUUUCUCGUUUUUUUGAUUCAUCAAA